AUACUGACCAACACAACGUCUUGAUUUUGUGUAGACAUUACAUGGAUUAAGCAUUUGCUUGGGAAGAAAGUCUCAGAAGAAUCAUGUGGAGCACAUGUAUGGUCACUGUGCUCCUACUGAAAAUGCUACAGUGCCUGGCAUUAGAUGAUUCACCUUUUCAACUUACCAACGCAGCUGGUUUUUGCUUGGUUAAAACGGACUCCAUUUGCCAAGAAAUACGUUGGACAACUGCUGACCGAUUGCUGGUGCCUGGGAAAAAUAAAUGUCUGGGAGUCCAGGGAGCAACUGUGAUGAGUGAAGUAAGCCUCUAUGAUUGUGAUGAAACAAGUGAGCUCCAAAAAUGGAACUGUCUGAAUGGAACCGUGCUCACCCUCCAAGCGAGCACCGAACAAAAGUUAUUUGUUGAGCUCCAAGCAGAUAACAGAGCUGUACUACAGACAACAGCAGGACCCAACAGCAAACUCACAAUAUCAGGGACUUCCAGUGGAGCUUGCACAAGAACAUACAGAGAACUUUAUACGAUAGGCGGCAAUGCAGCAGGAAGGCCCUGCAUGUUCCCUUUCUUUUAUGAAAACAAUUGGUACUCAAGUUGCACUUUGAUCGACUCCCCAAAUAACCAGCCCUGGUGCUCUGUUGAAACUAAAUACGAACAUCAGACAUGGGGCUUUUGCCCAACAAACAAUAAAGACAACUGGGUCAAAUAUUCAGCAAGUGGAGCACUUUAUCAACUGAACACCAAUUCUGCUCUGACGUGGUCAGAGGCUGAAACAAGCUGCACGCAGCAGAGCGCCUCCUUGCUCACCAUCACUGACCCCCAUCAAAAGGCUUAUCUCACAGCGUUGCUCGAGCCAGGAGGUGCCCACCAAGAAUAUAAACUUUGGACCGGGUUGACUCUGGAUUCAGAACAUGGCUGGAAAUGGUCUAAUGGGGACCCUUUUCGUUACCUUAAUUGGGAUUCAGGACACCCAGUUAACAAUCCAGCACAUACCUGUGGAAUGAUGGAUGGAACUGUAGGGUACACAUGGCAGAGCUCGUUAUGUAGCAAGAAAUUUGGCUACAUCUGCUACAGUAAAGGAGUUCUGCCUUCCCCAACGGAGGGUCUUGAAAUGGGACAUUGUUCAGCACCAUGGCUUCCAUACAAUGGUCACUGCUUCCGACUUUAUAAAAAUGCGCAAAGCUGGUCUGGUGCUCACCAGGCUUGUCGUAAAGAAGGAGGGGACCUUGCAAGCAUUCGCAAUAUGGAGGACCAUAGUUUUGUCACGUCUGAGCUUGGAUAUGCCGCCACUGAUGAGCUUUGGAUUGGACUCAAUGACAUUAAAACGGAAGGCCUGUUUGACUGGACUGACCACACCACAGUUACCUUCACUAGCUGGGAGUUUGGAAAACCACAAAGUGCAACUAACCAAAACGAUUGUGUUCUUAUCAGAGGAGAGAAUGGAAACUGGGCUGAUCGUGACUGUAAGGAGAACCAUGGCUUUAUUUGUAUGAAAGCCAGUGCUUCUGAACCCACUGGAGAUGAAGUACAGCAGGAGGCAGGUUGCAAAACUGGUUGGAAAAGAUACGGCUCCUACUGUUACUUCAUUGGAACGGAGAGUAAGACAUUUGGAGACGCGAAAGAGGACUGCAAGAGAUCAAAUUCUUACUUGGCAGAUGUUUCAAACAGGGUGGAUAAUGCUUUCCUAGUCAGCUUGGUGGGCCUCAGAUCUGAGAAACAUUUCUGGUUAGGGCUUUCAAACCAGAAGAACCGAGAUGUUUUUGAGUGGACCAGCACGGUCCCUGUGAGAUAUACUCACUGGAACAGGGAAAUGCCAGGCCACAAUCAGGGUUGUGUCGCAAUGACCACUGGUAGCACUGCAGGCCUCUGGGACGUUUUGCCAUGUACAAACAGAGAGAAGUACAUCUGCAAAUAUCAAGCAGAAGGGGCAGCUUUGACUCCUGCACCAACAACUCCCCCAUCUGACCAUUGUGCAGAUGGAUGGACCAGAGUCCCGUCAAGAUAUGUCUGCUACAAGGUAUUUGCGGAGCGUUCAGAGACUAAGUCAUGGUUUGAGGCCAGGGACUACUGCAGAGGAAUUGGAGGAGACCUACUAAGCUUCCACAGCGCUGCUGAGUUGAAUUUGAAUAUGCAAUCAUCUGGAUACUACCUCAGAAGGCUUUCAACAUUCUGGAUUGGACUUAGUGCCAGUGACCAGGGCACUGGUUAUGUGUGGAGUGAUGGAUCCCCAGUAAACUUUCAGCACUGGCAAAUUGGAGAGCCAAACAACAAAAACAAUGUCGAAUCUUGCGUUGAAUUCUUUUCUAACAGUUGGAAUGAAUUAGGGUCUUGGAAUGAUAAUCAGUGUGAAGCACGUAAUGGCUGGGUUUGUCAGAUCCGUACAGGAUUGACUCCAAAGUCACCCCCACCCCCUCCAACUCCAGAUUACAACCGUACCACUGAUGGUUGGCUGCAGUGGAGGGAAAAUCAAUACUUUUUUGAAACCCGGGAAGUAGCCAAUGACAAUGCUCGGGCAUCCUGCAAAGCGAAACAUGCUGACCUUGUAACCAUCAACAGUGAAGCAGAACGUGUUUUCCUGUGGAAACAGAUAUCCAAACUUUCUGCUUCUGUCUGGAUUGGACUCACUGUGGAUUUUGAUAAGUCAUUCCAAUGGAUGGAUGGUUCUCCAGUAAUUUAUCAAAUGUGGGAUGAAGGACAACCUAACUUUAUUAAUUCUGAUGAAAACUGUGUUGUCAUGAAAGCAUCCCAUGGGUUCUGGCAUGAUUACAACUGUGGAUAUGAAUUCGGCUUUAUUUGUAAGCGCAGUAGCUCACCUCCUGUCAAUGCCACCGUGCCUCCUACAGUCCCACCUAAAGGUAACUGCAAAGAAGGCUGGAAAAAGGUCAACUCCAAGUGUUACAAGAUCAUAAGUAACGAAGACCUAACAUGGGAUGAUGCAAGGCAACGAUGUAAAGACAUGGGAGGAAACUUGGCCUCUAUUCCCUCAAGACAUGAGCAAGUGUUUUUAAUGUCUGAAAUGGUUAACACACCAAAUAGAGACAUGUGGAUUGGUUUUAAGAACUCGUACAGGAGUGGGUUUUUCUGGACUGAUGGACGGCCAAAGUCUUAUGUCAAUCUUGAUUUGUCUGUUCGUUUGCAGCGUCCCUUGGACAGAGACUUGUAUUCAAGACUCCAUGAUGACCAACAUGAAUGUGCUGUGAUCAACACCAGUCCUUCACUUACAAUUGGAAAAUGGAUACCUAAAUCCUGCAAUGACGCCAAUGGAUUUAUAUGUUUAAGUGGCAUACAACCAAAUAUAUCUGAGACAACUAAACCAACAAAUCCAGAGAAUUACUUCAAAAUCCUAAAUGAUUCCAUCAAGCUUGUUACCCAGCAAAAGAGUUGGUAUGAAGCUCAGAAGACCUGUGAAGCUGAGGGUGCCAAGCUGGUCAGCGUGCGGAGUGAGUGGACACAGGCUUACAUUGAGCUGCUGGCUAUGAAUCUUAAACGUUCUCUGUGGAUUGGACUCAAUAAAAACCAGACUAAUAACUACUUCCGAUACAUAGAGGGCUGGCCAAUGAUUUUUUCCCACUGGGAUGAAGAUGAACCACGUAAAGAUGGAAUUUGUGUUUAUGUGGAUGUUAAUGGAAAAUGGAAAACCAAUGAUUGUAAUCAGAACUUCAGCAGUCUUUGCAUGAAGUCCACAGACAUACCACCAGAAGUUAAGUCAGACGAUUAUCCUGGAGUUUGCCCAGAAGACCCAUCUACAGUUGGGCCUGGCUAUAGGCCUUCUCGGCCUUUAUUUGGCCGAAGUCGGAGGCAGAUCUGGAAACCUUUUAGAGGUUUUUGCUACCUAUUUGUCUCUGAAGUAAAAGAGUGGCAAGAUGCAACUACUAGCUGUCUGGAACAUGGUGGAACCCUUGCCAGCAUUGGAGAUCCCAUGGAACAGGAAUUCAUACGUGAUAACAUUAAAACAUUUGAAGACACACACACAUCUUUUUGGCUGGGGCUGUUCAAAACUAAUAAAGGAGAAUGGAUGUGGUUGGAUAAAACCGUCAUGGAUUUUGAAAACUGGCAACAGAAACCGUUUUGCACCUUUGGUGUUAUUAGUGCAUCAACCGGGAAAUGGCAUUCGGGGUUUCGAUGGGAGGAUAAACCAUACAUCUGCAAAGCAGCCAAAGUGUUACUUUCAAAGCCAUCACCCGCACCAAAAGUUGUCAUUGAUCCUCCAGGUCGGGGUCACACAGCUUUAAUUUCUGUGUUAGUCAUUGCUGGGAUUGCAAUGGGAGCAGGUAUCGCUUUCUUCCUGUUCAAGAAGUCUGGUCUUCAGAUGAGAAUGAUCCCAAUCCCUGGAGGGUUAACGGCCUUUGACAACCCACUUUUCAGCAGCAGCCGGCCACAGAAAGAUCCGGUGGAUGCUAAAAAACUAUUGGAGAACGCAGAUGAAGAUAACAGUCAACCUGUCAUAACUAUAUAAUUGUAAAAGACAGCAGAUGGUGCAUGGAAGUAUUCUCUUUUUUGGGAUGCUUAGGAUUUGUACAAUCAUAAAAUCAUUAUAAAUGCAAAGAAUGAUUUAUACAAGAAGAUGGUGUAACAAUUAAUUAACUGGAAUGUGGCAAGUAGCUUGGAUGUAUAUUGUAUUUUAACUACUGCAAAUGCUUAAUGAGACUGAAGACAUGA